UGUAGGGAAGUGUCCCCGCCAUGGUCCCCGCCCACCUAUGCCAUAAAGUAGGAGGACAACUUGACCGAAACCUGUCCCUGCUCCAUGAAACCGCGACAGAGCAGAGGAAAACGUCUUUUAGGUCAUAGAAGCAGCUGUUUAAACCAUCUGGAGAAGCGAGAACAGCCCUGAUAGUUAGUCACGGUUUGCACAGCGUCGACCUUUAGCGUUUAAGUCAGGUAUUAGCUUGCUAGGUUAGCCUGUUUGCUAACUUUAACAUAGCUCCGGGAUUGUCGCGAUUCUUCGGUUGCUAGUUUAGCAUUUUCGCUCGAUUUUAACCAACUGUCGCUAACUUUACGUCAUGGGAUCCAGGGCGUCCACGUUACUGCGAGAAGAGGAGAUUGAAGAAAUUAAGAAGGAAACGGGCUUCUCCCACAGUCAGAUAACUCGUCUGUACAGUCGCUUCACUAGUCUGGAUAAAGGUGAAAAUGGCACCCUUAGUCGAGAAGAUUUCCAGAGGAUCCCAGAGUUGGCCAUUAAUCCUCUGGGAGACCGAAUUAUCAAUGCGUUUUUCCCCGAAGGAGAGGACCAGGUAAACUUCAGAGGCUUCAUGAGAACCUUGGCUCACUUCAGACCAGUUGAGGACAAUGAGAAGAACAAGAAUCUCACCAACAGCGAGCCGCUCAACAGCAGGACAAACAAGCUGCUGUUUGCUUUCCGUCUGUAUGACCUGGACAGAGAUGACAAAAUCUCUCGGGAUGAGCUCCUGCAGGUGUUAAGAAUGAUGGUGGGAGUGAACAUUUCUGACGAACAGCUCGGCAGCAUUGCUGAUAGAACCAUCCAGGAGGCUGACACUAACGGAGAUAACUCCAUUUCCUUCAAUGAGUUCAUUAAGGUCUUGGAGAAGGUGGACGUGGAACAGAAAAUGAGCAUCCGCUUCCUGCAUUAAGUUUAUCUCCUUUUUUUUUUCUUUAAUUAUUACUCUUUUGAGUGGAGCUUCAACGUGCCAGUUGAUGACCUAUGGUACAGAGCCUCGUCCCGCUCGUCAUCAGGCUGCUGCGGCCAACACUCUGUACACACUGUCAGACCAAGCAUUAGGUAGAUUGUGUCAUAGAUGUUGAGUUUCUGCUUUUGCACUGUUCUGUAAACAAAGGGAAACUCUGUGUGCCUUUUGGUUGUUUUACGCAAUAUAACAAUAUACUGGUAUUGAUGAAAGCUGUGACGUUAUGAAAAUAUAAUAACAUGGCAGUCCCUCGUACCUGAUAUUUCCAUGUAAAUCAGGGGUCUCAAACUCGCGGCCCGUGGGCCACAUGCGACUCCGCCAGUCAAUUCAUAUGAAGUUAUAAUAACUUAUUUUAUAAUAUAGAAAUGUUUAUAUUGUGAACUAGUUGUUUCAUAUCAAAACAAACAUGUUUAUUUUGAAAUUAUGUGAAAUAUCAUCAAUAUUAUUACUGUCCUUUUCUCAAAAUGUUUAAAUUCUUUCACUCGAUUGGCCCCUUACUGACCAAACUGGACACUCAGUGGCCCCCAGGUCAUUUGAGUUUGAGACCCCUGCUGUAAAUAAUGAAACACCUCUGAAAUUAUUUCUCAUUCUGUCUGGCUCACACUCCAACAUAGUAUUCAUCAGUUUUUUUUGGAUUAAUUUAUUUGCCAAAAGUAAAUAGAUUGCCGCAUCAUUUUUAAAAAAAACUCUAUUAAAAAUAGCUAUAAUUAUUGAAACUCUAAAGUUGUAACCAAAAUCACUGUAUUUUCUUUCCCUUUAUAAAUAGUGUUAUUUAUUAGAAAACCUAUGUAGAGUCACAUUUAGUAUGUCUGCUAAAUUAUGAUUUAUUGCAUAGUAUAAAUUAAUAAAUAAAGCUUUUUUGCUGGAAGUUCAUUCCUACAAAUCAAUGUAUGUUUUAAUGCAGACAUCUUAACGUGUAGAAAUAUAGAAAGGUUUAAAGUGAGACGUGUGAGAUUCCACUUCAAAACAGAGCAGUGUUUUUAAUGCUAACGUGAGCUUAUGACUCCUUUUUUCUAGUUUGUCCCCUGAAGCAGGAACCGCUUCAGAGAAUAUUUUGUCUGUUUGUGUAUUUUACUCACUCAAGUGCCAUGGCUUUGUUUGUCCAUUUUAAUUUAUUAUCUCAACAGUAAAGCGGAACCAAAGGCCACGUUCGUGUCUUUCUGAUAAAGGUGUCUUUGAUAUAGGUCAAUCUUUUUUUUUACUCCCAAUAGAUUUGCUGUUUAAAUUGUUGGGAGUAAAAUCAAAGUACAUAUUAAUCAGUGACAGCCUGGAGCCACAGAUCGUUUUGAUUAAUGUAUAUUAGGACCUGUGAUAAUCGGGGUUAAAAUAAAGCUUUUGUCAUUUCACUGCCGCUGGGGCUUAGUUUAAAUAAUAGAUUUUUCCCACUAAGACUUGAUGCUCGAACAGUGUCGCGUCCUGCCACUUCUGUUUGUAUGAUCUGUCUCAAUGAGGCUAGAAAAAUGGACUGGCGACCUGUCCAGACUGUACUCGACCUUUCACCCUGUCAGCUGUGAUUAACGAGCCUCACGUGGAGGAUGACGCAGUAGACGAUGGAUGAAUGAAUGAAUGAGUGCAUGUUCUAUAUGAUAAAGGAGAAUCAAAACAUUUCCUGUACAGGCUAGGGUACAUGAAGUGGGAGAGAUAAUGUCUCACCUUUUUAAUUUUUAAUAUGAGUUUGCACAUAACAGUUCAACCUUGUUACUAAUAACUAUGUAAUGUUGGUCAACCUAUGAAAGUGAACCAUGAGUUUGAUUUGAAUAAAAUGAGUGCCAUGUCAUUUAUCGAGAA